CGUUUACGCACCGGCGGCAGGCUGCGCUCAGAAGCGAGCGCAAUGACAUAAACGAAGCCCAGGAACUAUCCAAGUCAAACACAAAAAAACCUGCCCCACUGAGCGGUUCAAGAUGGUUUUAGAGACUAUUUCAAAGAUAAUAAAAAUCCAACUUCCAGCCUACCUCAAGAGGCUUCCGCUUCCGGAGACAAUCGGCGGCUUUGCACGGUUAACAGUGUCUGAGUGGCUCCGGUUGCUGCCUCUCCUGGGUAUCCUGGCUUUGCUGGGCUAUCUGACCAUUCGCCCGUUUCUGCCUAAGAAAAAGAAACAGAGAGACUGCCUGAUCAACCUGAAGAUCCAGAAGGAGAACCCAAAAGUGGUCAAUGAGAUAGACAUCGAGGACCUGAACAGCACAAAUGUGUGCUACUGUCGCUGCUGGCGCUCCAAAACUUUUCCUGUCUGCGAUAAGUCACACUUAAAGCACAAUGAGCUAACUGGAGACAACGUGGGACCGCUAAUACUCAAAAAGAAGAUACUAUAAUCAACCACUGAUGGGAGUUUUCUUCUAAUCUGUCCGUAAUUUGUUGUCUUGGUCUAUUCUUGGUGUCAUAACUACCGAAAAUGAAAAAAAUUCCACUGCAUUAGUUUCUAAAGGCUGUGUUAUAGCUUCUUCAUUGGUUUUCUGCAGUUAAGGUGUUUUGUUUUUUUUUUUCAUGACCCCUUUUUCAUUGUUCACUUUUGCUGAUUAACCAAGCAGCCUUUUUGUGGGUGUAAAAUCACUUCUAGUCAGCCUGGAAUCAAUCACAAGCCACUGGGACCACUUUCAGGGCAAGACUUGAAACACAAUUGCAGCGACUUUAUGAUGACUUUCAAAGAUCUGAACCCAUCAGAGGAGACAUUUUCUUUCUUUCUUUUUUUAAGUAGCUGUUAAAAUGAAAUGCCUAAUACUAGUUCCACAUGUAAUAAUUAUAAUUUUGUACUCUAUGUCUUCAUUUUGUUUGUUUAUUAAAUUGUGGCCUUUAUUUUUCUUUCUCCUUCUUUUGGUCAGUCUGUUUGCCAAAUAUUCACAUAGUGUCCUCACUGUAAGGAUGUGAAAUAUGAUCUUGUAAGUUAUUGUGAGCAUGGGAGGCUACUUUUUGUUUUGUUCAUGGCUUUUAGGCAUUUGAAUGUUCCAUUUUGUAUUUGAUUGUGUUGCCUACCAACAUUUCAUACCACUGCACGGUUGAGUAAUUUCCAGUUUUAUGCAGUUUUAACCUCUGUAGCCUAAUGAGGUUUGAAUACUUCUGCAACUUAAGAUUUUUGUUCCGUUUCAUUUUGACUUCUGUAUCGUCAAAACCACUGUAUAUAGCUGACUUCUUACUGGAGUUUCCUUUGUAACUCAUCAGCAAUACCACAAACAUAAAUGGCUUGUAUCAGAUCUGUA